AUGUCACAGAAACACUCGCCACAACCCUAUGGCUCAACUCGGGGCAUUGUAACAAGUUUUUUGUGGUUAAAGCAUCCCAAGAACAGCAUCAUGAAGUCUAUGGUAAUUCUGGCAGUGCUGGGCGUGUGCUCUGGCUACAACUGGCAGGCCAUCCAUGGCGUGUACGGCGCCCCGUACCAGAGGAAGUGGACCGGGCCCGUGGCAGCCACUGUCCCGGCGGGCGUCGACGGUACCAUCACCCCGGUAUCUGAUACCUACGAGGUAACCGCUGCACGCAAUGCUUUCUUCAAGGCAUACAACGCCCAGCUGGCUGCCGUGGGCGCGUACCGUUAUCCCCUCUAUCACCCAACUACCCCAACUCUGUACCUCAAUGCAGCAGCGCCCGCCGGCCACCACUCCGUCCUCACCUACAGCGCUGCACCUGCUCCGGUCCGUGACACGCCCGCCGUGGCCGCCGCCAAGGCUGAUUUCUUCCGCCUGUACAACCUGCAGGCGGCAGCAGCAGCCGCGGCCCCAGAUCAUGAUGCCCCUCGCUACUAUUACUGAGAUGGUGCACAGACCACUUUGAGAGCAGUCAGUAAACAUGAAUAACAACUUCUUU